AUGGAUCAAAGUGAAAUUGUAAAAUUAAAUAAAAUAAAAGCAAAGAGUGCAUGGUUAAAAAAAGGUGCAGCAAGAAGUAGUGCAAUUUCAUGUGGUCUUGGUAUAGGUAUUGGUUUUGGUAUUGCUUUAUUCAUUUUCUCACAAACUUUAAGAGGUUUUGGUAUUUAUUUAGCAGGUUUAUGUACUUUCCAUAUGUGGGAAUAUAUUUGGGUUACAAUGUAUCAUCCUGAUAAAUUAUCAAGUAAAUCAUUUUUAUUAAAUCAUAGUCCACAGUUUAAUAUGGCAUUAUUAAUUAGUUUUAUUGAGUUUUGGAUUGAAUGGUAUUUCUUCCCAUCAUUGAAAACAUUCUCAUUAUGGUGGGUAGGUGCCAUUUGUAUGGUAUUCGGUCAAAUUGUUAGAUCGGUUGCAAUGGAUACAGCAGGUUCAAAUUUCACUCAUUUGGUUCAAGAAGAAAAGAGAGAUGAUCAUGUUUUAGUUACAAAUGGUAUCUAUCAAUAUAUGAGACAUCCAUCUUAUUUUGGUUGGUUUGUUUGGUCAGUAUCAACUCAAGUCAUCCUUAUGAAUCCAAUUAGUAUUAUUGGCUUUGGUUGGGCUUCUUGGAGUUUCUUUUCUCAAAGAAUUGAAAAUGAAGAAGAUUAUUUAAUUCAAUUUUUUGGAAAAUCUUAUAAAGAUUAUAAAAAAUCAGUUUGGUCUGGUAUUCCAGGUAUUCAUUGA